GGGAUAGAUAACACACAAGUUGACAAAAACUUGAGUUCAUGCAGUCCUGAUCUCAUCCUACGCCUUCUCCUCUUGGGCUGAGCCAUCACCACAGCUGGGCAGGCACUUAAUGUCAAAACCAUGUGGUCAACUACAAAAAUAGAACUCCAAGAAUACCCAGCCCCCAAGUAGCAAAAAAUUUCCCCUCCUGUGAGUAAGUGGCAACCGCCUGGGUACGCUCCACAUCCUCUGAUCUCUUGAUGUCAUCUUUUUCUUUUACUUACAAACUACUACACGCGGGAGGCAUCAUGAAUGGAGGUUCUGGAUAUUUGCUGAUCUUGGUCCUGUUUGCUGCAUCAGCUGGAAUAUGCCAUGGUCAGGAUGCAUACCAGCCACAAUAUAGCUGUCCACCUAAUUUUAUCCGGCUGGGAAACAGCUGUUAUUACUUCAGUACUGACAUGAAUAGCUGGCAUAGUGCACACUUUGCCUGUCGUGCUCUCAACAGCCAGCUAGCUGCCCUCGAGACUCAGUGGGAGGACCAAACUCUAAGGAACUACAUGAACAAACCACACUUUGCACCCCUGAACAGAUGGGUUGGUGGCAUCUACAACUGGUCUCGCCGCCGGUGGACAUGGGGCUCCUCAGCCUCCGACAUGUCCUACUCUGGAUUCCUGACCCCACAGUUCCCCAGGUCUUCACGAUGGCACUGCCUCUUCUUGUCCCCUGUCAUCCACUACCGCUGGAACCAUGACCUUUGCACACAGUUCAUGCAUUACCUCUGCAAAGCCCCACUCAUUAGGAUCCCAGACCCCAACGACAUUAUUGUGGUUGUAAACACCAAUCUCUGAAUGGCAUCUCAGCACACAUGAUUUGUCAGUUUAGCAAGUGAGAAGCAACUUCAUGUUUCUUUGUGAAAGAAGAAAUGUGUCAGCCAACAACUUCCAUGUAUAUUAUUCAUCAGAUAUAUAAGAUUAUUAAUUUUAAAGGGGAGUCACAUGUAUUAUCCAAUGAAAAAUAUUUCAAAAUUAAGUUAUUCCCUAGUUGUUUGACAUAAAAUGUAGGCAUAAUAACAUAUCUUUAGUUAAAUGUACUACUACAGUUAUAUAGAAGGUAGGUAAGCAUAUGUGUGAUGGGGGCUCAGGUAAGGGUAUGGGUGGAUCUGUGAGUGUGUUAGGCUGUGUGAGAGUGAGAGUGAGAGUGAGAGUGAGAGUGAGAGUGAGAGUGAGAGUGAGAGUGAGAGUGAGAGUGAGAGUGAGAGUGAGAUUGAGAGUGAGAGUGAGAGUUUGAGUGUGAGUGUGAUUGUGUGUACAAGUGUGAAGAUGGUUUUAGGUUUGGGUGUGGAUGUGUGUAUGAAUCUAAGUAUAGUCCCACAAACUUUAACCCACAAAAAGAUAUAAAUAUGUAUAUGUAAAAUCUAUAAAUGUGAAUAAAAUGUAACGACUUC